UAUAUUAUAUACAUAUGGAUAUAUUCAAUGUCAAUUGAAAUAGGCGACACAAAUGAGCCAACAGACCCGAAAUAAAGCCCUAACCAUAACCAUCUCGGUUUGCCAGUGACAGUAGCGGGAGUCCAAAUUGCAGGCAUGGCUGGAAGAGAGGUUCGCGAAUAUACCAAUCUCACCGAUCCCAAAGAUAGGAAAAGGGGUAAAGGAAAGGAUAAAAUUGAUGAUGAGGAAAUCGCUUUCCACCGUAUGGUUUCUAAGAUGCAAGAUGUUUCUGGGGAACGUGGAGGUUACCUUCAUGGAAGAGGCGCCCUGGACAGUGAUGACUUGCUCUAUCUCAAGGAACAGAUGGAAGCUGAGGAGGAUGCAGAACGUCUUCUGCGACGCACUGAAAAACGUGCAUUCCAGGCAUUCAAGAAAGCUGUUGCUAACUCGACACCUGCAUCACUUCCUCUGCCUCUUCGUGUUGAGCCCAAGCCCAAGAGUGGGAUCAGGCAGCAAGAUCUGCUAAAAAGAUUUGUAGAAGUCAAAUCCAAGAAGCUGAAAGAGUCUAACCCAUCCAAUGAGAGCAAUUUUCCUGUACAUCCAACUACACGGGCUAUGCCAAUUGGCAAGUCUGACGGUGAUAAGGAGGAGAUAAAAACUUUGCCAGCUAGGCCAAGUGAAGUUGGAGAUAGAAAGAUAGAUAAUCCAGUAAAAAGCUUGCUUUCAGCGUAUGACAGUUCUGAUGAUGACGACGACUGAUUUUGUAAGGAUUUAUUUUGUCUAUUACGCUUGGUUUAGUGUUCAAAAUUAGAAUCAAGAAAUCUGCAGUUGUGGAUACCGUGGUUCAAUGUUUGAAUCAACAAACAUCAUUAGUUGUUUUCUGUGCACAGUCUACUGAGUGCCCCCGACUCGUUUGCAUUAACAUGGUUACCGAUGGUUGUAGGCAGUUGUUGCCAAUUCAUACUGUUAAUUUGCUUCGACUUUUAACAAACGGACAUUUGACAAUGAA